GCCCUUACGCCCUCCGAGCACACAGCUGCUCGCAGUGCAUCGCUGCUGCGACCUUAGAGGCGCCGUGGUCAAUCGGUAAUGGACGCGCUCGAAGCACUGGACGCGGCGUCGCGCUGCGACCUCGACGCGUACAGUAAGCCGCAGCUGCGGCAGCUCGUGGCCAAGGCGCACGAGCUCGCCGAGCGGGCAACAAAUGAAAUCAAUGAUCGAGAGUGCGCGUUCCCCGCGCGAUUGGCUCCGCUCGUGACGCAAUGGCUGCCGCUCGAGGACGUCGGCGCCGCGCUGUCAAGCAAUAAGCAGUGGCAGGCCACGUCCGAGUGGGCGUUCCAGCUCGUCGCCGCGCGGAGCAAGGUGGCGGGCGCGGCGGGCGUGCCCUGGCGCGACGUCGUCAAGGCGGGCGCGGCGCCACGCUGGACCGGAGAGGUCGAUCCAGAUACCGGCCACAUCGCGGUGCCCGGGCCGGACUUGGACGGUCGCGAGACGACUAUGCGCCGGUCGAAGAUUAAGGGGGGCUACGACGACGACAGUUUCUUCGUGGCCCGCGGGACGCCGCUGCGGCUGGGGCGGAGGCGCGCGUGGCGCCUGCACUUGACGCGGACGGCGGGUAUCGUCGACGCGGUCGGAUUUGUGAUCACUGAUCCGCGCCAGUGCCAAAUUCUCUUGGAGUAUCAUGUGAACAGCGACGGGGGCCGAUACGGCGCCAACAACCAACCGUGGUCGCGCGAGAUCCGGGUACAGGAGGAAGGUGAGGAGGACAUCUGGGCUGAGGACGCUCAACUCGAGCUCAGCGUGGAGUUGACCGGCGAAAAAUUCCAGCGGGAGCUCGCGGUCGUCCUGGCCGACGCGGCCGGACGCGGCAUCGUCGGCGGCACGAUCGACGCCGCGUGGACAAACGAUUUUUUCCGCUCUCAGUUCAUGGACUUCGCGCGGCGCUGCGACUGGAACGACUUCCGCAUCGCUCUGGAAGAUCUGUACGUCGCGCCCUUCGUGCGCAUCUACCACGACUCGACGGCGACGGUUGCGCGCGCGUCGUCGAAUCCCGCCAACGCGUCCCCGCCGAGGUUCUCCUUCCCGAACGGCAUCGGGGAAGAGUAAGAAGUGAC